AUGCGAUUCCCUCAUUAUCUAUCGUAUUUUGCUCUGAGCAGCUUAUUUGCAAUCCCGGCUACCUGCAGACUAUCAUGCACCGAAGAUUCAAUAUCUAAGUUUCUAUCAUCGUUCGGCCAUGUGAACGCAAGAGUCCUGCGGACCUAUCACAUUGCCAAGGGAGAUACCUUUCAUGUUCCUGCAAGUGAUAUCGCCUACCCAGAGUCCCCUACGGAAUUACCAGAACUCUGUGCCAUUCAGAUUAAUGUUACCUCAAGUCCGGAGUCAGCGUACUCAUUUGGGCUGUUCUUGCCAGUGCAGUGGAAUGACAGAUUUUUAGCUGUCGGGAACGGCGGUUUUGCCGGAGGAAUCAAUUGGGUGGAUAUGGGCGUUGGCGCACGAUAUGGAUUCGCCUCUAUGUCUACAGAUACCGGCCAUAAUAGCAGCUCUUUCGACGGAAGCUGGGCCUCUGAUGCACCCGAGAAGUUGAUUGAUUGGGGCUACCGCGCAAUGCACGGCUCGGUUGUGCUCGCUAAAGAAGUGAUUGAAGCAUACUAUGGCCAGAAGCUGAGAUAUAACUACUACAGCGGAUGCUCAACCGGUGGUCGUCAAGGUCUGCGAUCGGUAGAGCUAUUUCCAGACGAUUUCGACGGCGUUAUUGCAGGCUCACCUGCCUGGUGGACUUCCCAUUUGCAGACAUGGACGGUCAAAGCCGGAACGUACAACGCGUUUCCGUCCAGCCAGAUUCCCCAGAGUAUGUUCACGCUCAUAGGUGACGAAAUAAUCAAGCAGUGUGAUCCCCAAGAUGGGCUCCGUGAUAAUAUUGUAUCGGCACCUCAGCAAUGCAAUCUUAAUCUUGAGACUUUGCUAUGCGGAAAGGUAUCUCAAACAGACUGUCUGAGUCCCGCACAGCUCGAUACUCUACGCCUUAUUUAUUCCGACUAUGUCGAUGUGAAUCAGACUUUCGUGUUUCCUCAUCUUCUGCCAGGAAGUGAAUCUCAGUGGGAGGUCUUGAUUAACAACGGUACUGCCAAUCCGCUUGGAACAAGUUAUGUGCAAAAUUUUCUCGGGUUGGGAAAGCAGUGGACACAAGAGCAGUUUGACUACAGUGUAGUCCAGCUUGCUGACCAUCUCGAUCCCGGAAAUGCAACUGCGAACGAUUUUGACAUCUCACCUUUCCAGAAGAAAGGUGGCAAGUUGUUAAUGUAUCAUGGCAUGGCAGAUGGAUUGAUUCCAACAGACAGCAGUCUGUAUUAUUAUAAUCAAGUUACCAAUGCUCUGGUGCCGAAGGGUAUUGAGUUGGACAGAUUUUACCGAUUUUUCUACGUUCCUGGGAUGCAACACUGCGGCGGCACACCACAAAAUAUGCAUGCCCCAUGGUACUUUGCUGGUCCUAAUCAGGCUCCAGACUUAUCGUCCAGCCUGCACAGCGUCCCUGGCUUUAGUGAUCCAACCCAUGAUAUUCUGUUGGCGUUGAUGGACUGGGUUGAGAAAGGUACUGCACCUGAAAAGAUGGUUGCCACAACCUGGAGGAACGACACGGCUCAAGACGUGGUGUAUCGCCAACGGCCGCUGUGCUUUUAUCCACAGAAGGCUGUGUAUAAGGGUAGAGGGGAUCCAAAUGAGGCACAAAACUGGGAUUGUCAGGCCUGGUAUUAA